UAGGUUUCUAUAAAAAGAAGAUCUCCACAUAGCAUCCACGGAACUCAAGGAGCUAGACUAUGCUCUUUAAUAUGAAUUCAUCUAUGAAGCCAUGGUUCUAAUUCAUCCGCAAAUUCGCGAGGUGGGCUGGAAGGGUCAUCGUCAGUAACGUUUCCGAGGCUGAGGACUUGGUCCUGUGAUCCACUCGUGUUUGGAAAGUGGAACGUUAUCGGCCGUGUCCUUGGAUGACCAAAGUAUGAACUUGAUGUAAAGCGUGAGUAACUUUGACGAUGUGGAAAAGUAUAAAUAAAGGGCUUCUCACAAGACCGUCGAUCAAUUUUUUCAUCAUCACUCAUCAGCACACUCAAGCAACUCAAGCCUGUCCAGAAAGCCCACGGCAAAUCAUACGCUAUUCAUAGCUACGAUAUCCCCUCAACAUCUUCUCGAAAAUUCACGAUGCUUUCUUUCAUCACUCUCUUCGGCGCCGCUAUGGUUGCUGCUAACCCCUUGGUUCUUCCUAGCGUUGGGAGUGGCACUGCCCCUGACCCAACCACCAUCAGGAUCCAGAGCGUUUCUGCCAGUGGCAACGGCUGUCCCCAGGGAACCGUCUCUACUGAGUUAUCUCCAGAUCGCCAGGUCGUCACUUUCGGUUUCGAUGCGUUCCAGACUUACAUCGGACCUGGCACCAGCGUCUCCGACAGGACCAAGAACUGCCAGCUUCACUUGAACCUCGUCUACCCCGGUGGAUUCCAGUACGCCGUUGUUGAGUCUACCUACCACGGCUAUGCACAGCUUGAGAAGGGUGUCACUGGGACCUUCUACUCGACUUACUACUUUAGCCAGUCUCCUGCUGACACUACCACAACCUCCACUUCCAUCGCUGGAGGCGUUAGCCCUUGGCUCUUUGGCGAUGUCUACACCAAGCAGGAUCUGGUCCCUACUGCUUCCAUCAUCUGGUCGCCUUGUGGUGCCACCGGCAUCCUCAACGUCAACAACCGCAUCGCGUUGACGUCGUCCAACUCAACCGCCUACGGCACCAUUUCCGACGACGAUGCCACAGUCGCACUCACGCAACAGGUCCACGUUGCCUGGCAAUCCUGCAAGUAAGCAGCUGGCCUAAAACGACCUUUCAGCUCAUCUUGGGCGUAAAGGGC